AUGGAAGAGGACUUCCAGAAUGCUUCGGGAAUGACAGGGGCCGCGGGCCGCGGGCGCGGACUCCUGGCGCUGACCUUCUGUCUGCUGGCCGCUCGAGGGGAGCUGCCAUCACCCUGGGAGACAAGAGUGGAGCUGCGCUGUGCCGCGGGGCCACUGCCUGUGGUCCUCGGCCCGCAGCAGGCCGCCGUGCUGAGCUGUAGCCUGGGUGCUGCUGCCACAGGGCCCCCCAGCCAGGUGACCUGGAGCAAGGACGGGGAUGUUCUGCUGGAACAUGACCACCUGCGGCUGCUGCCCAAUGGCUCCCUGUGGCUGUCCAUACCACCACCUCAUGAGGACAGUGAGGCCAUGGGGACCAUAGAGGGAAGCUAUUCCUGCCUGGCCCAUAGCCCCUUCGGAGCAGUGGCCAGCCAGGUGGCGAUGGUCAGGCUUGCCACACUUUCAGACUUCUCUCUGCACCCGGAGCCUGAGAUGGUAGAGGAGAAUGGGACCGCUCGCUUUGAGUGCCACAUCGAAGGGCUGCCAGCCCCUGUUAUUACUUGGGAGAAGGACCAGGUGACAUUGCCUGAGGAGCCUCGGCUCAUCACUCUCCCCAACGGUGUCCUCCAGAUCCUGAACGUCCGGGACAGCGACGCAGGCUCCUACCGCUGCGUGGCCACCAACUCAGCACGACAGCGCUUCAGCCGCGAGGCGCCACUCAGCGUGGCCCGCAGAGGGUCCCUGGGGGUCACCGGAGAGCAGGACGUGGUCAUCGUGGCAGGACCAGAGAACACCACGGUGGUGUCCGGGCAAAGUGUGGUGAUGGAGUGUGUGGCCUCCGCUGACCCCACCCCUAUCGUGUCCUGGGCCCGGCGGGACGGGAAGCCCAUCGCCACAGACGUCAUCGUGCUGGGCCGCACCAACCUGCUCAUCGCGGGCGCGCAGCCCCGCCACUCGGGCGUCUACGUGUGCCGCGCCAACAAGCCCCGCACACGCGACUUCGCUACGGCCGCCGCCGAGCUCCGCGUGCUGGCGGCACCCGCCAUUGUGCAGGCCCCCGAGGCGCUUUCGCGGACGCGGGCGAGCACCGCGCGCUUCGUGUGCCGCGCGUCGGGGGAGCCGCGACCCGCGCUGCGCUGGCUGCACAACGGGGCGCCGCUGCGGCCCCACGGGCGCAUCAAGGUGCAGAGCGGCGGGGGCAGCUUGGUCAUCACGCAGAUCGGCCUGCAGGACGCCGGCUACUACCAGUGCGUGGCGGAGAAUAGCGUGGGCACGGCGUGCGCUUCCGCCGCCCUGGCCGUCGUGGUGCGCGAGGGGCUGCCCAGCGCCCCCACGCGGGUCACCGCCACGCCGCUGAGCAGCUCCACCGUGCUGGUGGCCUGGGAGCGGCCUGAGUUGCACAGCGAACAGAUCAUCGGCUUCUCGCUGCACUACCAGAAGGCCCGGGGCAUGGACAACGUGGAAUACCAGUUCGCAGUGAACAAUGACACCACAGAGCUGCAGGUGCAGGACCUGGAGCCCAAUACGGACUACGAAUUCUACGUGGUGGCCUACUCGCAGCUGGGAGCCAGCCGCACAUCCACCCCAGCCCUGGUGCACACUCCCGACGACGUCCCCAAUGCAGCACCGCAGCUCGCCCUGUCCAGCCCCAACCCCUCGGACAUCAGGGUGGCGUGGCUGCCCCUGCCCCCCAGCCUGAGCAAUGGGCAGGUGGUGAAGUACAAGAUAGAGUACGGUUUGGGAAAGGAAGACCAGGUUUUCUCCACCGAGGUGCCAGGAAACAAGACACAACUGACCCUGCACUCGCUGCAGCCAAACCGGGCCUACAGAGUGCGGAUAUCUGCGGGCACUGGUGCCGGCUAUGGGGCCCCCUCCCCGUGGAUGCAGCACAGAACACCAGGGGCCUACAACCAGAGCCAUGUCCCUUUUGCCCCCGCAGAGUUGAAGGUGCGUGCACGGAUGGAGUCCCUGAUCGUGUCGUGGCAGCCACCCCCUGACCCAGCCCAGAUCUCCGGCUACAAGCUGUACUGGAGGGAGGUGGGGACGGAGGAGGAGGCUGAGGGCGAGCGCCCACCAGGGGGCGGUGGGGAGCAGACUUGGGACGUGGGGCCCGUCCGCCUCAAGAAGAAGGUGAAGCAGUAUGAGUUGACCCAGCUAGUUCCUGGCCGGCUGUACGAGGUGAAGCUCCUUGCAUUCAACAAGCAUGAGGACGGCUACGCGGCAGUGUGGAAGGGCAAGACCGAGAAGGCGCCCACGCCAGAUUUACCCAUCCAGCGGGGCCCGCCCCUGCCUCCCGCCCACGUCCACGCGGAAUCCAACAGCUCCACAUCUAUCUGGCUGCGGUGGAAAAAGCCAGACUUCACUACAGUCAAGAUCGUCAACUACACCGUGCGCUUCAGCCCUUGGGGGCUCCGGAAUGCCUCCCUAGUCACCUAUUACACCAGCUCCGGAGAAGACAUCCUCAUCGGCGGGCUGAAGCCGUUCACGAAGUACGAGUUCGCGGUGCAGUCCCACGGCGUGGACAUGGACGGGCCCUUCGGCUCGGUGGUGGAGCGUUCCACCCUGCCGGACAGGCCCUCGACGCCGCCGUCGGAUCUCCGCCUGAGCCCCCUGACGCCGUCCACCGUGCGGCUCCACUGGUGUCCCCCCACAGAGCCCAACGGCGAGAUCGUGGAGUACCUGAUCCUGUACAGCAACAACCACACCCAGCCGGAACACCAGUGGACACUGCUCACCACUGAAGGGAACAUCUUCAGCGCCGAAGUGCACGGGCUGGAGAGCCACACCCGCUACUUCUUCAAGAUGGGGGCGCGCACGGAGGUGGGGCCCGGGCCCUUCUCCCGCUUGCAGGAUGUGAUCACGCUGCAGGAGAAGCUGUCAGACUCUUUGGACGUGCACUCGGUCACAGGCAUCAUCGUGGGCGUGUGCCUGGGCCUCCUCUGCCUGCUGGCCUGCAUGUGCGCCGGCCUGCGCCGCAACCCCCACAGGGAGGCCCUCCCGGGCCUGUCCUCGGCCACCACUGGGAACACAGCGCUCUACUCCAGAGCUCGGCUCGGCCCCCCCAGCCUCCCUGCAGCCCACGAACUGGAGUCUCUCGUGCACCCUCACCCCCAGGACUGGUCCCCACCGCCCUCAGACCCCGAAGACAAGGCUGAAGUGCACAGCUUUAUGGUUGGCGGUGCUUCCGACUGCCGGGGCCACGCCAACAGAAAGAUCUCCUGGGGUUAUCCAGGGGUGCCGAGCUGGGCAGGGUCCUGGGCAGGCUGCGAGCUGCCCCAGCCUGGCCCCAGGCCUUCUCUGACCCGGGCUCUGCUGCCUCCUGCCGGAACUGGGCAGACGCUGCUGCUGCAGGCCCUCGUGUAUGACGCCAUCAAGGGGAACGGGAGGAAGAAGCCACCCCCAGCCUGCAGGAACCAGGUGGAGGCCGAGGUCAUUGUCCACUCGGACUUCAGUGCAUGCAGAGGGAAAUCUGACAUCCAUCUCCGAGACCUGGAGCCUGAGGACCCCCUGCCCACGGAAGCUCCUGGUUUCACCUCUGGCGCUGUGGAGCUUGGGCAGGGCACAGACUGGCUGGGCCAGGAGCUCGAGGAAUGUGAGCAGGCAGCCACUGGGUCUGACCGACUCACCGGCCAGCCUGAGGAAGCCAGUGCCCCCUGCACCUACCCAGACCUCCAGCCCUGCAAGGCUCUACAGGAGGCCCCUGGGGACAGCUGCCAGCCCAUAGCCCCCUGCCCUCUGGGGGCCAGCCCAGACCUGCCCAGAGCUCCCAUCUCCUCCUCUGCUUAGUUCUCCUAAGCAGAAGGUGCAGUUUGAGAGAGGCUGAUACAGUGCAUGGGACCUGGCGUGCACAGCCAUGCAUGCACACACACGUACCCACAGCUACCAUUACACCCUUUGGAGCCUCCUAGGAUGCUUUGGCUUGAAGGAGAAGAAUUGGAUUAUUGACUCCUCCUAUUGUCUUUGCAACACAUACAUGACAUGUGAGGCACUGCUUCAUGUGACACACGUAUAUGAAGCCACAUGUGUGCAGUGUAAAGUUUGGUGAGCUGGGAAGCCUCGGGCAGUCCAGGUGGUGAGCACUACGGUCUGCUGACCUUCAGGGUGGCCCAUCCCUGUGGACCCCACCACCUUGGCACCUGGCCUUUUAUGUUGCACUCUGAGAGUGUCUCCAGUGCCUGUCUGAUAGAGACAGCCCAGCCCACUUCCUGUGCACUUGGGCUCUGCAGGCCUGAGGUCUAGCCAUCGCCUUCCUCUCCUGCCUGCCCACUGCCCAGCCUGAGAGGCUCACUCUGGCUGCCCCAAGAGCAACCCCAUGUCUUGUUGCAUAAUUUGGAAAGUGCCUGGCUUUGCAAAUCUUUUCCCUGUCAUCUUUCCUUCCCCCUCGCUUGUCUCCAGGCCACCUUGCCAUCGCAUGUCCAGCUCCACCUCUGCUCCCUGGUAUCUCCCUCUCUGUCUCUGUCUCUCUCUCUGUCUGUCUGUCUGUCUCUCUGUCUCUGUCUCUGUCUCUCUCUGUGUGUCUGUCUGUCCUCCCCUCCCCCCGACUGCGCCAUCUGACUCUCCUGCCUGGGUUCAGCUUCUGCAUCUUUCCCUAACAACAUGACUACCUCAUGUCUAUUUCCAGGCCGUAGUGCACACCUGUUUCCCCUGUCCCCGGGUCCCUGCUACGCCCUGUGCUCUGAGCACCACAGCUGGCCAGCUCCCUCCUGCAGGGCAGGUUCAGAGGAGACUGUCCAGCGACGCUUGCCACUUUUUGCUGGGGCUGGAAGGUUCUGCUGGAGGGGAUGAAUCCAAUCCAAGUCACACGGGGGAAGUUUUGUUGCCUUCUGUGGAGGGAGGCGGGCUUGCUGGACCAGGGUGGUUGACAUUUCAGGAGUUCUUGUCCUGGCGUCUUGACCUGACUGGGAUGAAGAGCAGUAUCCAGAGGAAGAAGUGAUCGGCUCCUUUGCUUUUAUUCAUUUCUUUUUCAAAGGGACUUUUUUUUUUUUUUUUUUUAACUAAUUUCUUUUUUGGUACUGGGUCUCAAACUCUGGGCCUCACUCUUGCUACCGACGGCGCUGCACCACUGAGCUACAUCACUGGCUCUUCUUUUCUUUAAACUGAAUCCUCAAGUCAUUUUCUGCUGAUCUUCCACACAAGGACAAGCUUGACUUCUGUUUCCUGUCUAGUGAAAAAGAUGCCAUUUACUGUGCCCUCACCCCAGCCCUCUCAGGAGCAUAGAUUGCAGGAUAUUUCUCACAAAACGAUCGGCACAUCAAGAGUUAACUCUGUCUUCUGGGCCAAUUAGAAAUAACCAGUCUAUCUUUCCUUCUUCUCUUUUCUUUUUUUAAGUGGUGAAAUGUCUCUCUGCAGAGUUGCAGACCCUGAGAGCCCCUGUGUUUAUUCCGAUCGAGUGUCACUCACAUUUGACAUUCUCACCUACAUGUCCUCAGACGCCCCUCCUCCAGCCAGCCUGUGAUAACACUAAAGAUUAUUAAUGUCGCCUUUGUAUCUCGUUAAAGAUGGAAUUGUCACUUGUACUGUUUCCGUAGCUUUCAGCUUGGCUGUGGCCAGCACCACAAUAUGUUUCAUCAUCUCUCUGAAGGUCAAAAGCCUCAUUUUAUUUUUCUGGUUUGAAUUUUUUUUUUUUUUUU